AUUAAUCCUGUUUUGAUAAUUGUCACUCUGCUCUUGUUAAAUACACCCAUAAGGAAUAACAAUAUGAGGCAGUACAGUAUUGAGGGAUCACUGACUGGAUUACAAUGAUUAUGCAGCUUUUGUACUAAUCCUUAUCGUAACUCACUUUACUCAUAUUAAAUACACUCUUUUAAGGAAUGGCAAUAUGGAUCAGUGCAGUAUACAGUGACAGUGGAUUUUAACAUUAUUAGUCAUCUUUUGUAUUAAUCCCUAGUGUCUAAUUGUCACUCUGCUCUUUUUAAAUGCAUGCCUCAGGAAUAACACCAUGAAUCAGCGUAGUAUUCAGAGAUGAGUGACAGUGCAGAUUACUGGCGGAAGGUGGAAGAUAAUCAUAAUCACUAUUAAAACUACAAUAGCAUUCACCAAAGCAUGACUACAGGACUUUGGAGGCAGAGGGAGUGCCAGGCAUUGUGUGUGACCUCUGGCUGGCUGUCGUGGACUCGUAUCAAUCGAUGGAGUUUGAGAGUGACCUGUCAUGCACACAAGAAUACAAGAGCUUCCGCAGCACCGUGCCCCUCAAGCAGAUUGUGAUUGACAGUGAUGGGCUACAGGUGUGGAAGGUGUAUGAGGCUGGGCCCAGGGGGGUGCGGUGUCCCCUGGUGUGCCUGCCCCCAGUCAUUGGCACAGCGGACUGCUUUUAUAGACAGAUUCUCUCCCUAACUGCUCGGGGAUAUAGAGUGAUCACGGUGGAGUAUCCCGUGUACUGGAGUGUUGUGGAGUGGUGCGAGGGCUUCAAACGGCUCCUGGACCUCCUGGAUGUGGACCGAGCACACAUUCUCGGGGCUUCACUAGGAGGUUUUUUGGCUCAAAAGUUUGCUGAGCUGACCUCAAACUCCCCCAGAGUUGCCUCACUCAUUCUGUGCAAUUCCUUCAUAGACACAAAGAUCUUCAACUACUCAGACACAUCGUCAGUGUUCUGGAUGCUGCCUGCAACAUUGCUCAAGAAAAUGAUUAUUGGACGGUUCCCCAGAAAAAUGAUGGAUUCACAUAUUGCAGACUCCAUAGACUUCAUGGUGGAAAGACUGGAGUGUCUGAAUCAGAGUGAGUUGGCCUCUAGACUCACUCUCAACUGCUCCCCAGACUAUGUUCAGCCUCAGAAAGUACAGGUGGAGGUGAUGCUUCUUGAUGUGUUUGAUGAGUCUGCCUUGUCUCAGUCGGUGAAGGACGAGAUGUCCAAGUGUUAUCCAAACGCCCGCCUUGCCCACCUCAAGACUGGGGGCAAUUUUCCAUUCCUGGCCAGAGCAGAUGAGGUCAAUGUUUACAUACAGGUUCACCUGCGGGGGUUUGAGGGCACUCACCUGAGCGCCUCGGACACAGGCACACCAGUGGAGCGAUAGCAGUGUAGGGCAGGCCGGCAGCAGCAGAGACACCUGGCUUGUAUGAACUCUAAUGGCUUACUCAUGAGUGGUGGGUGAGGAGGAUGUCAUCUGUUCAUCAGUCAGCCAUUUUACCUUUUUCCUAUAAAUAUGUGAUGUUUAUAUUCACUUCUGUCAUUGUUACACUUACAAAUCCUUUGCGAACAAGCCACAUCAAACAAACAAUAUUAUUAUGAUUUUUCUACAAAGUAUUAUUAUGGCAUCAGCUACUUUGCAGGCUAAGGCAGACAUACGUUAGCUUUGUAUUGUUGUAAGGGCCAAGUAUUAUUUUGUAUGUGAAUUGCAAAAGCUGAAUGUACAAAUUACUUAUAAUUGAGGUUGUAAAAUGAAAUUAUUAUUGUCAUGCAGAUACCCAGCCAUGUGUGGUUUCAGAGCAGAUUAUGCCGAGUUCUGUUACAGUAUUUUUACUAAUUUGUACAUGUCAUUUCAAAGAGUGCUCACAUCAUAAAAAGACUACUCCGGAUACUGGAGCUGAGGCAUAAAAAUUGACUGUUGUGUGAAUAUUAUCAUCUAGCAUUAAUUUGACAACAUUUGAUUUUUAUACUUGAGCUCAGUUUUUGAGAUUGAUUUCCCCCUUGAUAUGAGUACAAAUUUGAAGAGUAUGUACAAAGUAGCAAUCAUACUUUCAUCUGUGAAUCACUAAAUGAACAGUCAGCUUGUAAGUGUAUGUAAUGUGACUGGAUCUCAGUUAUCUUAUGUAUCACCUUCAUGCUGUGUUUGGCUGUGUUGUCCUACAUUAAGGCCUCACUGGUAAUGCUUCACCAAUAAGUCAGUUUGUUAAGCUUCCUUGUGUAUUACCCAUCAUUGUUAUCUGCACAGAUAUUCAGAUAUUUUUGGAUCACUCAUGCCUCCUCAGUUACCACUAACGCCCAUAUUCUCAAACAAUUUGGGGUUUGCACACCCAUAUUUGCCAAGGCUUUCAUGGAGGUUGUGUGUUUUUCCAUGGGUAGUUUUAUGAGCCUAGUGAUAGUUGGACAAGGCUUCUGCAUCAUGAACUUGACUUAUCUCCUUCUUGGCUUCUAGCUGUAUUGGCUGUGAGAGCAGAAAGCAUCUGAGAGUACAGGCUAAAGAUUCUCGGGGAAGCUAGCAAGUGGGUUGAGUUUGAAUAAAUAAUUGUGUAACAGUAAAGAUCUAUUAAGAUAUACUGGUUCUCAUCUUGUGUGGCUGUAACAUUCUACUUCUGGUCUGUGUAAGGCUGCAGAGUAUAAUGUUUGGAAAUGAGCAAACACCAUCCCUAUUAGUAGCUACCAGUGCCCCUGCCAAGCCCUGGUGAAGACUCUUGCGCCCACAUGAAAGGAUUGGUAAGAGUAUUUUUGUAUGAUAGGUAAGGUUAGCUUUAUACAUGGAAGGGUUAUUUAUUAAGAGCCUUAUGUGUUUCUACAAUACAGGAAGUUAAAGGUUGGGCUUGGAAAUUUGACUUUUUACUGAGGAAAUUUCCCACAAAAAUCUUAUUAAACUCUAUACUGUGCCUGUCCUUGGUAUGUGAAGAGUGUGCAUUAAAAGGGAUGUGACGAAGUAGUAUGUGGGAAAGAAAAGUGAGGAAAAGGGGUAAUUGUUUAGUCCCUUAUUUCACUAAUGGUCAUUCCUACAGCUGUUCUCUUGUUUCUGGAGAUUGUGUGUGCCCCAUCUGCAACGUGUGCAAUACAGGGCGGUGAUGAUGGUGAUAAUAGAAUAUAGCCUACUACUUACAGUGUGCUUCAUAUAGCUUAUAAGGGAAGAGAAUGGUGGGGGAUAUGGUUUUACUAAGCUCUCAUAAGUAAGUUUGCAUUAAAGAUGUUAUUUACUUUA